CACUAAAAGUAAUAAUUAAUUAUAACAAGCAUGGCUUUGAUAUUGAAAAAGGCAAUACAAAAUAUACAAUUACAAUUACCUUGCUGGCAAAGAUCAUUUCAUGCAACUGCAUCACUUGACAAGUGUCGAUCUGGUCGGUACAGGCCAACAUUAAAACGUACAAGACCCUUGACUUAUGAAAUGGCAAAUAAACCACAUCAGUUGGCCCACAGAAAAUCAUGGAAUGCCUGGAACACUUCUAAUGUUGAGGGUGGUCCAAGAUCAUCAGAAAUAGCUGUUGAAGAUGAAUUUAUUCGUCGUUUUAUGUCUGGUACUUGGCACAAUAUUUUUCUCAGUGAAUUGUGUAUUAAAAGACAUCACAAUAUCAUAAGAAUUGUUGGAAUAAUCAAACAAAAUCUCGCAGCAAGAAAACUCUACUUUUUAAUUGGUUAUACACAAGAAUUUUUGAGUUAUUGGCUGCAAAGUCCAGUCAAAUUAGAAUUACAAUCAGUCUCGAAUCCUGAAGAUGUUAUUUUCAAAUAUAUCUAAUUAAAAAAAUAGAAAUUGUUAUUAUUUAAUGAAUAAACUUUUGAAGUAAUAAUAAAUAAAAUAUUAUCACUUGA